AUGGCUCCAAUCACUGCCGUUCGCGCGGAUCAUACACACUGGCAAUGCAUGACCAAAGCCAACGGCGACUUCUGCCCAGUCAAUAACAUGUUUCGGUAUGGUCGAGAUAAAGAAGGACGUGCCAUCAGAAAGCCAGUCCGGAAAUGUCCUGAAUGCAAUCAGGUUCGAGACCAGGGGACUAAGGCCUUGAGGUCAGAUUGGAACGAAAUCGGAACGCUUGAAGCUUAUACGGCUCGAGGUGAAGAAAUAUGGGUUUAUACUAAGCUGCCCGAUAUUAAUGCAGACGGUCCAAUUGUGGAUAGGACAGUUGAGGAGUUCACGGAGGGUGAUGUGAUAUACGAGGAGGAGGUUGACGGUUUGACGGCAAACGGGAAUUAG